AUGAUCGGCGCUUCUUCGCUCCUCGUCAGCCUGGUCGCUUUGGCCGGGUCCGUCGAUGCCCAAACCUUCAGGCGGACGGCUGCCUGCCCCGAAUUGGGGUGCUUGUUCCCUCCUACCCAUACCGACUUUUUGGUCGGCCAAAAGUUCGACAUCCGCCAAGAGAUCCAGGCGCCGGUCAACGGCUCGCAGGCGUUCAACAAUGGUGUCGUUAGCCCCGACUUUACGUUGACCAUCACGCCGCCGGGCGGAUCGGUGACCCCACUCAUCAAGUACUUCAAGCUGGAUCAACCGAAGGAUGAGGUGUACAAGUGAGUGUAAAGUUCCGCGACGGCCCCCUGUCUUGCGCCUUGUGUCGGCGACCUCGCCCCACGUGCGUCCGCAGAUGUAACUCAAUUCUCGCUCCUUCUUCGUCCUUCCCCAAUCUCUCUCCUCAGCUUCACCUGGUACGAGGAUCUCUUCUACCAAAAGAACAACUCGGCGUCCCUCGUCAACGUCAUUGCCAAGUCGUACCGAUAUGUUUCUCUCGACCACCCCGGGGACUACGUCGUCUCGUUCAAGUAUCACAAUAACACGAUGGAGACCAAGGCCAUCUGGACCGUCCGCAAGCCGGUCAACAUCAAGAAGGCCAAGAAGUGAGUCAACACGACCUGCAUGCAUCUCCUGCAGCGCACCAGGGCUGAUUCCUUGUCGACUUGUCGGUCUGCAGCGUCGUCCUCUUCAUCGGUGACGGUAUGACCACUUCGAUGAUCACCGCCGCUCGCUUGCUUGGCCACAAGUCGAUCAACGGCAAGUACCUGACCAAGCUCCAAUUCGAUAAGGCGUACGCCUACGGAAGUCAGAUGACGCACUCGUUGGACUCGUUCAUCACCGACUCGGCGAACUCGGCGACGGCGCUCUAUUCGGGCAAGAAGAGCACCGUCAACGCGCUCAACGCUUACACCGACUCGACGGGCAAGGCGUUCGGUGACCCCAAGUUUGAGAGUGUGCGUAUCUUCUCGGGGCCAAUGGAUGGUCUCCUUCGACCAAGCUAAGCAUUUCAUUUCUCCAUUCUCUUGAUUCCCUCAGGUCUUCGAGAUGGGUCGUCGCAUCAAGAACAAGCAGAUCGGUAUCGUCACGACCGCCUACCUCGCCGAUGCGACUCCUGCCGCGGUCUGCGCGCACACCUCGCAGCGCAGUCAAUCCAACACUAUCGUCGAUCAAUUCUUGGAUGGUGUCGGGCCCAACUACACCUGGAACGCCUGGAAUGGCCCUGACGUCAUCAUGGGUGGUGGUGGAUCCAACUUCAUCGCCUCCGCCGCCAACAACAACACCGACAAGGUCGCCCGGUUCCAAUCGCGUGGCUACCAGUUCGCGUAUGACAACACGACGCUGCACAAGCUGGACAACUCGAAGCGCAUGCUGGGCUUGUACGCAAGUAUCAACAUGGCUACUUGGCUGGACCGCAACGUCGUGCAGUAUCAGAAGAACCUCGACACGUGGCCCAUGUACAACGGCACCGUCGGCGCCAAGAAUCAGCCCGGCUUGAAGGACAUGACCCUCAAGGCGCUCGACAUCCUCGUCACCCGUUCCAAGGUCAACAACACUGGGUUCAUGCUCAUGUCCGAGGCCGCUUCGAUCGAUAAGCAGAUGCAUAUCGCCGACUGUAAGUUGUGCUUCCUUCGUCGGCCCGACCAGCAUGAGCAGGGAUCCUACAGCCCCUAAUGCUGAUCCUUGUGCUUUGCCACCCAACCCCGCGCCACUAGACGACCGCGCUCUCGGCGAGUUGCUCGAGCUCGACAACACCGUCAAGGCCACCAUUAACCACCUCGACAAGCUUGGUGAGCUUGAGAACACGCUCAUCGUUGUUACCGCCGAUCACGGCCAUGGGUGAGUCCUGUCACGUCAGGCUCUGGAACCCUCGGAGUUUCCAUGGGACAUUCUCUGAUGUGCUUUACGUACCCUUUGUUCUAGUUUCGACGUCUACGGUGGCGCCGACACUGCCUACCUCGCUGCCCAAACCACCAACGACACGAAGCGCGAUGCCGUCGGCGUUUACGUAAACAGCGGUCUCUCGGGCUACCAGGUGAUUCCCGGCUCAAACCCUCAAAACUUUUCCGUCGUUCCCGGCCCCCAAGGCGAUGGCUUCCCUACUCAGUGAGUGUACUUGAUCUUUCCUUCCCCUUGUUGAAACCGACUUUGAAAUCUGUCUUCCUUUCCAAACUCUGAACAGGUGGACUCCCCGCUACGCCGCCGCUUACGGUUUGGCCUCCGUCGUCGACAAGUACGAGAACUUUGUGACGUCUCCCUCGCCUCGCAACUCAACAGUUCUUGACCCUGCCUCGACCAAAGCGGCUCCCAUCUACCGGGCCAACCCGAACGGUACGACGCCUGGGGGUUUCUGGCUCUCGGGUGAGUGAAAGAGCUAGACCGCGCUGAGUAUCACCGGACAGCCUCUAACACGACACCAUUCUCUUCCUUUGCUAGGGAAUAUGCCCGUCAACGAGGACCAAGGUGUCCACAGUUUGACCGAUGGUACGCUUAUGGUCUCGUCUUCAGCUAUCUUUUGGGGAUGGAGGAGCUGAUCAUGAGAGGUACUUCACUUGCGCGUCUCGCAGUGCCCAUCUACGCAUGGGGUCCUUCGUCCGAGCAGGUAAGCCGCACGAUUCUUCCAAGACGCCGAUGAUACGACCAGGGACUGAUCAUACUACGCAAUACGAAAUUCCCACAGUUCCGUGGUGUCCACAACUCACCCGACAUCGCGUUCAUGAUCGCCGAAGGUCUCGGUCUCGACUGCGGUGACCAGAAGUAA